CUCUCAGGAAAUGGAUAAAAAAGGUUGGGUUUCUUGCGAGUUGUGUCCGGUGUGGGACUUGGAGUUGUUGAGAUGAAAAGGUGUUGGUUGGUUGGGGUCUUGAUUGUGGUGGGGUGUGCCUGCAUGUUGGGCACUGUUGGAGUUGAAGGGCACCCUGAUGAGGAUCUCAUAGUAAGUUUACCUGGCCAACCCAAAGUUGAGUUCAAGCAAUAUGCAGGGUAUGUUGAUAUUGAUGUCAAACAUGGGAGAAGCCUCUUCUACUAUUUUGUGGAGGCUGAGAAUGUUCCUGACAAGAAGCCUCUCACUCUUUGGCUCAAUGGAGGCCCGGGAUGUUCCUCCAUUGGAGGAGGUGCCUUCACUGAGUUGGGUCCCUUUUAUCCCAAAGGUGAUGGACGUGGUCUCCGAACAAAUUCAAUGUCUUGGAAUAAAGCAUCCAACCUCCUCUUUGUGGAGUCCCCAGCUGGAGUUGGUUGGUCAUACUCAAACACAACUUCAGAUUACAAUUCUGGAGACUCGUCCACAGCCACUGAUAUGCUUCUGUUCUUGCUGAAAUGGUACCAGAAGUUUCCUUCCUACAGAUCAAGGGAGCUGUUCCUUACUGGAGAAAGCUAUGCAGGACAUUAUAUACCACAGUUAGCUAAUGUUCUUUUGGACUACAAUGUUCAUUCAACUAGUUUCAAAUUCAAUAUUAAAGGAGUUGCUAUUGGAAACCCACUUCUGAAACUUGAUCGUGAUGCACAAGCAACAUAUGAAUACUUCUGGUCACAUGGAAUGAUUUCAGAUGAAAUUGGCCUAGCCAUUACGAAUGAUUGCGAUUUUGAUGAUUAUGUCUUUGCAAGUGCACAUAAUAUGUCUAAAUCAUGCAAUGAAGCAAUAAAUGAAGCAAAUGAAAUCGUUGGCGAUUAUAUAAACAACUAUGAUGUGAUUUUGGAUGUUUGUUAUCCAUCCAUAGUUGAACAAGAAUUGAGAUUGAAAAAGAUUGCUACUAAAAUAAGCAUAGGUGUAGAUGUCUGUAUGACUUAUGAAAGAAGUUUUUAUUUCAACCUCCCUGAGGUUCAGAAGGCUCUCCAUGCAAACCGUACCAAUCUUCCGUACCAAUGGUCCAUGUGCAGUGGUGUCUUAAAUUAUAGCGACACUGAUCCUAACAUAGAUAUCCUUCCAAUUCUUAAAAAGAUUGUUCAAAACCAUAUUCCAGUUUGGGUAUUCAGUGGAGACCAAGAUUCUGUUGUGCCAUUACUAGGUUCUCGAACACUAAUUCGUGAACUAGCUCAUGAUCUUAAGUUCAAGAUUACAGUCCCAUAUGGAGCUUGGUUCCACAAAGGCCAGGUUGGAGGUUGGGUAACCGAGUAUGGAAAUUUGUUGACUUUUGCCACUGUAAGAGGAGCUGCUCACAUGGUACCCUAUGCACAACCUUCAAGAGCACUCCAUCUUUUCAGUUCAUUUGUGCAUGGAAGGAGAUUGCCAAAUACAACAAGUCCUUCAAUUGAUGAUUAAUAUUAAUAAUUAAGCUAAACUGCACAUUUGGUUUUCCUAUUUUUGUAAAAAUGAGAUUUUGGUUCCCUUGGUUUCUAAUUCAAACAUUUGGUCCCCUGGUUUGAAUUAGAAAUCAGGGGCACAAAAUUCUAUUUCUACCGAAAUAGAGGAACCAAAUGUGCAGUUUAGGCUAAUAAUUAGGAAAAUAGAUAUCUGCCUGCCAUAUAACGAGUGGAAAUUAAUAGCAGGUUCUACACUCAAGCUAGUUGAUUAAUCUUAGAUCUCAAGACUUUAGGCUAAAAGAGGAAGCAGUGAAAGAGAAGGGAGUGUCUCUCUAGGCCAUUAUUUAUCAAUGCAUGGAAAAAGAGGGGGGAGUAAAAGGAAUAAAAAAGAGAGAGAUUCCAUUCUUUGAGCCUAUAUAUUGAUUCUCAAGUUGCAUAUUGCAUGUUCUACAUUCUUUAUUUGGAAGCACAGACGUGCUUAAUUUAUUCCUAAACCAAAUGUACAAGAAAAAAGUAUACUCUGUUUCGCAAUUUGAUUAUUAACAUAUGUAAGCAGUCAAGUUGAGAGGGAUUUAUCUUUGUUUUGAAA